AAUGGAAAACAAGAAAGCGUGAAAAUGUAGAAAGGGAAAUAAAGAAAGAAAGAGAUUCUCCAUUUCUCUUGUUUGCAAUUGCGACUUGUAAGUAUGGCCAUGUCUCCACUCCUCGAGGAUGAUACCACGUUGUUUGACGUGAACCUGGAUCGCACAAGCACCAGCGAAGGUGGUGGUUAUGAGCCAAUUCCUGCCUCCAAAACACAAUCCGAGAAACCACCCCCAUAUUCUAGAUUCACACAACAGGAGCUUCCUGCUUGCAAACCAAUCAUAACUCCGAAAUUAGUCAUUGCAGCAUUCACUUUUAUCGGUAUUGUCUUCUUUCCUAUCGGUAUAGCAGCCUUGUCUGCAUCAAACGAAGUGGUGGAGAUAGAGGAACGCUAUGACAGAGAAUGCAUUCCUCCCAUUUAUAGCAAUCGCAUUCUUCAUUAUAUCCAAAGUGUUGGAACAGACAAAACAUGUACCAGGAGAUUGACUGUUCCAAAGCACAUGAAGAGCCCUGUUUUCAUCUAUUAUCAGCUCACUGAUUUCUACCAGAACUACCGCAUAUAUAAAAGUAGUCGAAGUGAUUUGCAGCUGAAGAGCAAAGCAGAUGAGAGCAGUGAAUUAGAAAACUGUGGGCCAGUACAAAAGGUGGGCGACAAGCCAAUCGUUCCUUGUGGCCUUGUUGCAUGGAGUAUGUUUAACGACACGUAUAGUUUUUCUGUAAAAGGCAAGGCCUUGAUAGUCAACAAAAUGAACAUAGCAUGGGAAAGUGACAAGGAGGGUAGAUUUGGAUCUGAUGUGUAUCCAAAAAAUUCCCAGACUGGGGGUGUGAUUGGAGGUGCAACCCUGAAUUCGAGCAUACCUUUAAGUGAACAAGAGGACCUUAUAGUUUGGAUGCGGCCAGCAGCACUGCGGAAUUUUAGAAAACUUUAUGGAAGGAUAGAUGUUGACCUUGAAGCUAAUGAGGAAAUUAAAGUUGAAAUAAAGAACAAUUAUAACUCAUAUGGUUAUGGGGGCGAGAAGUUGCUAGUCCUUUCUACCACGAGUGCAUUUGGAGGGAAAAAUAAGUUCCUUGGCAUUGCAUAUCUAACUGUUGGUGGAUUUAGCUUUCUCUUCGCCAUAGUCUUCGCGAUUAUUCAUCGCUUCAAGCGAAGGGAUAUUGGGGAUACUACAUACUUGUCUUGGAACAGAUCUCCAGUAGGAUAUUAUAUAAAAUAAGAGCGUUUAUUAGGGCAUUAAAGCAUUCACUAAUUAGUCCAUCCAACCUCUCGGAAUAUCCCUGGAAUAGGCUUCAUUGCUUUAUCAGUCUUCUGCAUAUUUUGUGUGCAAGAGCUUCCACUGACAGAAGGAUUCAAGAUGGAUUUGCAAGCACCAUCAAGCUGGAUGGAAAUAUUUUCAUGGUCAAACAUAUUUUGCAAGUAUCAAAUUCUAUACCUUUUGGACCUGACACUGAGGGCCAUGCUCCAUAAUUAGAAGAUUUUUAUAAACUUCUGUUGUCAUCAUCUUUUUCCAGACAUUAGAAAUCGUUGAGUGAUUAUGC